AAAACAAAUAAAGGCGAACUUUGAUCUCAGUAGCCUGUUAAAAUCCAGAUGGACAACUACCCUCAGCUGAUCACUGCUCCGUCAACCAGAGCGAUCACAGAUCCUCAGGGUUGAAACAUGAGUGCCUUCGUGACUCUCUCAUCGGGCCAAAGGAUGCCAAUGGUCGGACUCGGCACAUGGAAGAGCAGCCCAGGACAGGUGAAGCAGGCCGUGCUGGCAGCUUUAGACUGCGGCUACAGACACGUUGACUGUGCCGCUGCAUACAGCAAUGAACAGGAGGUGGGAGAGGCUCUGUCUAUCAGGCUCGGCCCAGGUAAGGCUCUGCGCCGUGAGGAGGUGUUCAUAACAUCCAAACUGUGGAACACCAAACAUGACCCGGGGGAUGUCGAGGAAGCGUGCAGGACCAGUCUGGCCCACCUGGGACUCUCCUAUUUGGACCUGUACCUUAUGCACUGGCCCAUGGCUUUUCAGCGGGGGAAGGAGCUGAUGCCUCGACGAGAAGAUGGAAGUAUUUGUUACUCUGACACACACUACAGAGAUACUUGGGCAGCUAUGGAGAGCCUGGUGGACAAAGGUCUGGUCAAAGCUGUAGGACUGUCCAACUUCAAUGCCAGGCAGACUGAUGACAUCAUCAGAAUGGCCAGACACAAACCUGUGGUUAACCAGGUGGAAUGCCAUCCAUAUUUGUCUCAAACAGAUCUCCUGUCUCACUGUCGGUCAGUGGCUGUUUGCGUGACAGCCUACAGUCCUCUGGGCAGUGGGGACAGACCGUGGGCCUCUCCUGAUGAACCAAGUCUGCUACAGGAUCCUCAACUGGGAGUCAUCGCCCAGACAUACCAGAAAACACCGGCCCAGCUCAUUCUCAGGUGGCAUGUUCAGAGGGGUGUUGUGUGUAUUCCUAAGAGCGUGACGCCUGAGAGGAUCAAGCAGAACUUGCAGGUGUUUGACUUUUCUCUGUCAGAAGACGACAUGAAGCUGAUUGAAUCCUUCAACCGCAACAAACGCUUCAUCGUACCAGCAGUCAAGAGAGAUGGAAAGAGUGUGUGGAGAGACGCAGAACAUCCUCAUUUCCCCUUCAAUGAUCCUUACUGAGUCCACACACAAGGAAUGCGAUACUGUUUUUAAAAGAUUGUCACAAUGAAGAAACCAAACAUCUAAACUGAAUUCAAAUAUAAUCAAUAUGUAUUUUCCUUUUGUGAUGAAUGCUAUUAAUUUGAUAUUUAAAUGACUUGAUUUGUAAAAGAAAGUGCUUAAAUCAUGUUUUUCCAGUCACCUUUGAGAUUGUAAUGAA